AGGACAUGGAAGAAAGGAGGAGGAGAGAGGAGAAGGAGGUGGAGAAGAUAAUUUUGGACGAGAAGGAAAAGGAGAAACAUCAAAGAGAAGAAGAGAGGCGACUGGAGAGGGAGAAUUUCCUGAAGAAGAUGAAGGAGGAGGAGGAGGAGAGGAGAUUUUUGGAGGAGCAGAGAAGGAAAAGAGAAGAAGAGAAAAAGAGGAUCCUUGAGGAGGAAGAGGCGGAGAGGAAGAGAAGAGAGGAGUCAUGUUUAAAGGAGGAGAAAGAGAAGGAAGAGAGGGGAAAGCAACAGGAAGAGGAGAGGAGGAGGCAAGAAGAGGAGAAAAAACAUCAGGAGCUUGAGGAGGAGAGGAGAAGAGAGAAGGAAAGAGCCAUGAAAGAGAAGGAGGAGGAAGAGAGGAGCGAGCGAGAAGAGAAGCAAUGUCUUGAGGAGGAGAGGCGCAAGAGAGGAGAAAAAGAGGAGCAGCAGAGAAAGAAAGAGGAGGAGGAGAGAAGGAAAAGGGAGGAGGAGGAAAAGGAGAGACACCUGAAGGAGGAGAAAAAAAGAGAUGAGCAAAGGAUGAAAGAGGAGAGGGAGGAGAGGAGACGUGUUGAGGUGGAGGAGAGUAGGAAGGAGAAAGAGAGACUCUUGAGGGAGGAGAGAGAAAAAGAAAGAAAGAAAAGAGAGGAUGAGGAGGAGAGUAUGAGGAGGGAGGAGGAGAAGAGGAAGAUGGCAGAACAGGAGAAGAGACAGAUCCAGGAGCAGAAAGACAAGGAAGAGCAGAGGAUGAGGGAGGCAGAAGAGAGGAGGAGAGAGAAAGAGGAGAGAGAGAGAAUUUUAGAGGAAGAGAGAAUGAGGGAGAGAAAGAAAACAGAGGAGAUGAGGAAGACUAGGGAAGUAGAGCAGAGGAGGAAGAGGGAGGAAGAAAAGAACUGGCUUUUGAAGGAGGAGAAGAAGAGAGAGGAGGGGAUGAUGAAGGCUGAAGAAGAGACAAGAAAGAUGGAGGAGGAGGGAAGAAGGAAGACAGAGGAGGAGAGAAAAGUCAGGGAGCAGGAGGAGAAGAGGAGGAACAAGGGAAUUCUGGAGGUGAACCGCUCGGAUGAAGAUAAGGAAAGGAUGAAAUCCCUGGCUGGCUCUCCUCCCCCUCCUCCGCUCGCCGUCUCAUUCACUUCUGACACUGCUCCACAGCUCCCUCCACUGCAGCCACCAGUUCUGGCAAAAGAUGUUCUAAGCCUAUCAACAAACAGAAACACUGAUAUUGACCAAUCACAGGACAGAAAAACCAACGCGUCACUGACUGAUGAACCAAGCUUUGCCUCCAUGAGAAUGCCUCCCAAAGAGUGUACACACAGAGAGGAUGCCGCUCAGAACGACGCUCCUAGCAGACAGGAGCAUCAGCCAAUCACAGCAAAGGACAAACAAACCCAUCAGAUUAUCCCAACCUCUGAUGAGCCCUGCCCACCACUGGCUGAAGAGAAACUCAAGGAGCCAGAGGGCGAGCCCAGUGCUGACCCAGCAGCAUCAGCGGACGUCUCUCCUCAACCGGACAAGGAGCUUCCAUCAAAACCAGAGCCGGGUCUCCAAACUCCAGAGACACCUCAGCUGAAGAAAACAGAUGGAGAUCAACCACCUGGCAGCAUGGCCAGUAAGCAGGAGAGCUUAAAGAGCAAGGAGCCCAUGUGUGAGGCAGAAAAAACCUUGUGGGCUGCUGUAGAGGAGACCGCAUCUGAGGCAGCAGUGGGAGGAGGGAUGGAAAGUACUCAGAUAAAUGAAGAGAGAGAGGAGACGGAGGAGGUGGAGGAGAAGCAGGACACGAGCAGAGCAAAAGGGGGCUAUGAGACAGUGGCCUCCAUCCUGAAUUCACCCAGAUCAGCAGAUGCAGGCCAGCCAUAUCUCUCUACAGACCAACUCUGUCCCGUUUUAGCAAAUGAAAGUCAACUGGGUCCCUGUGAGGAAGAGGCAGACCUCCCAUGUCCCUCUGAGUCAGAUGCAGAUUCGGUGUGUCCCUCUGAGUUGGACAUUGAACCUCCUAUUGCUUUCUCUGACAUAGCAGAGGAACAGAUGAUCAGGGAACAGAGGCAUCCCAGAGCCGACAUGUCAAUGAUUCAUAAAGCAGACGAGGAGAUGCCUGGGCUUAGUCUGGUGGCCAGUCUGAGACUGGCUGCCAGUGAACAGGAGAGAGAAAGGGAGGAGAAGGAGAGAAGAGAAAAGGAGAGCAAAGAAAAGUUUGAGAGAGAGGAAAGAGAGAGGGUGAAAAAGGAAGAGAGUGAGAGGGUGGAGAGGGAAGUGGAAGAGAAGAAGAUGAAAGAAAAAGUGGAGAAGGAGGAGAGGCAGAGUUUGGAGAAGGAAAGGGAAGAUUUGGAGAGGAAGAAGGAGGAGAGGUUAAGAAUAGUACGAGAGAGAGAGGAGAGAGAGGCAGUAGAGAAGGAGAGGGCGGAGAGGAAGAGGACAGACAUGGAGGAGAAGGAGAGGGAAACAGUUGAAAAAAAUGAGGAGAAGAAUAGAUUAGAGGAAAAUGAAAAGAAGAGGUGGGAAGAGACAGGGGAGAGGCAAAGGCAGGAGGACCAAAUAAAAGAGAAACCAGGAAAGAGGUGUGAGACACUUCCUGUUUUUUUAUCAAUGCCAACCAACCAAGAAGCAGAGCUGGAUGAGAUAGCAUUUGAGGAGAGGCUAGAGAGUGACACUGAAGCAUUACAGUUCAAAUCUGAUCCCAAGUUAGGUACUAAGAUCAACUCCAAUGCUGAAGUCCAAACUGUUGUGACUAAAGCUGGUCCUGGGCCAGCUGAUGUAGCCAAACCGAAAGUUAACCAGCCUGACACUGGAUCAGCUAAGGUUGAGGUGGGUAAAACUGGUCCACUGUCAGUUGAAAGAGGAAAGUCCAAGGUCAAAAGCGGUGCCGUGCCAGCUUGGAUGAGAGAGGAGGACGAAGAGGGAGCGGAGUACGAGACGGGACAAGAAGAUGUGGGGACCGUUUGGCUGGCUGAGCUGUACAUGGAUGAGGCAGGGGGGUUUACUGAGCAACCGACAGACCAUCCUAAAGGAGGCGAGAGAAGAGAAGAGGAGAAAAUUGAACUUGCCAACAGCAAAGCCGGGGAGCUGCCCCUUCCAGUCAGGCACUCAAAAAUAAAUAUGACCGCUGCAGACACCGGCGAUGCACAUAUCCACUUUCACAUCUCCAGCCCCACCACAGACAACAAGGAACAGGCUCCUGUUGGGAAGCCUGUGGCAGAGGAGCCAGAUAGGGACAUCCCUUCUCUCAAGAGGACGACUCCUCUCCUCUCUGUGGACUCAAACGAGGUGACCUCUAAUUUGACUACCCCCGGGCCCACAGCAACACUCAGAAAGGAGGCUGAUGGGAGUGCAGAGGGCCUGGUAAGCUCCAGCCAGUCUCUGCUCCAGUGGUGUCAGGAGAUCACGCAAUCCUACCAGGGAGUAAAGGUCACCAACUUCAGCACUUCCUGGAGGAACGGCCUGGCCUUCUGUGCCAUCCUACAUCAUUUUCAUCCAGACAAGAUUGACUUUGACCAGUUGGACCCUCAUGACAUUGGAUUCAAUAACAAGAAGGCAUUUGAUGGCUUUGAAGCGCUGGGCAUCUCUCGCCUGUUGGAGCCUUCCGACAUGGUCCUUCUGUCUGUGCCCGACCGGCUCAUUGUCAUGACCUACCUCAGCCAGAUCCGCUCGCAUUUCACCAACCAGGAGCUGCGCGUGCUGCAGAUAGAGCACAACAGCAGCCAGUCCUCCUACGGCCUCACCCCGUCUGGACCCUCUCCUAGUGAUGUGGAUGCAGCUGUUUUCUGUAUGGCCAGGUUGCAAGAAGGGGCAGGAGUGAGUCUGGAGGAAGGAGGAAGUAGCACCCUGGUAGUCCCGCCUCCAAGGACCAAAAGAUUGGUUAAAGGAGAGGAGUCACUGACCCCGGUGGCACCCCCGAGGCCGGUGGCUACAGCAGCCAAGACGGCGCUGGCUCAAAUAAAAGAUAUAGAUAUGGAUGAAAAAGUGAAGAUUAAUUCAACAGCAGAGGGCGUACAUGAUCCAGAAUCACCGAGUUCAGCAGAGCCUCCACUCCCAAAACAAGAAGAGGAGAACAUGUGUUUGCAGGACACCAGCCAGUACGUCUUGAGUGAGCUGGCAGCACUGGAGACGGAGCAGAAACACAUCGACAGUCGCGCCGCCGUGGUGGAGAGACGACUACGGCGCCUCAUGGAGACAGGAAGUGACCGCGAUGCAGAGGAGAAACUGAUUCAAGAGUGGUUCACUCUGGUCAACAAGAAGAAUGCUCUGAUUCGUAGACAGGAUCACCUGGAGCUACUACAAGAGGAGCAGGAUCUGGAGAGGAGAUUUGAGCUACUGACCAGAGAGCUGCGGGUCAUGAUGGCUAUAGAAGACUGGCAGAAGACAUCCACUCAACAGCAGAGGGAGCAACUCCUCCUCCAAGAGCUGGUCUCUUUGGUCAACCAGCGGGACGAGAUCAUCAGAGACAUCGACGCCAAGGAGAGAGGGGCGUUGGAGGAGGAUGAGCGUUUGGAGCGGGGUCUGGAGAUGAGGAGGAAAAAGUUCACCAACAAAGACAAAUGCGUCCUACAGUGAGAGACCCUGGCAAAGGGCGACCUUUUCCUCUUCUGCGCCCGGACUGGUAAAAACCCCGGAGAAACUCGGCUUUUUGGUGACAGAUUAAGACACACAAAAGAGCAAAACCCUCCAUAACCCAAACCAGAGCACCGAUUCCCUGUGGCGGCCAGGCGGAGGGCCCACCGGCUACACUGAUACACUGAUGUGUUGGUACACUGAUGUAUUGAUAUGAAACGGCUUCAUGCGGCCCUGCUGUGUUUGGUGACCUGCUGUCAUGCCGACCGCCUGCCUUCGAGGAGCCCUGUCUGUUGGCACAUCUUCAUCCUCUUUAAAAGUGUUUCUGUAAAGUUGUUUGUGCACAAGUUUCAUUGUAUUUUUUUCCACAAUACUUUUAUUGUUUUUCGUAUAUCUUGAUGUGCGAGUGUCGUUUUAAUUUUGUUCACUGGAUUUGUAUUUAUUUUGGUGGCGUAUCCGAUCCUUUCAUAUCAAGUUGUUGGCGUGUUUUGUCUUGUGUGUACCAUAUAACCUUGUCUCGGGUUCAAUCGGUUGAGUACUUGACACCUGAUGUCCACUUUGGAAGAGAAGGUCUUCCUUUUAAUGAAUUGUAAGGGCUCGGGAGGAUCUGUAUGGUUUAGACAGCCAGAAUGUCCAGAAAAAUACGUACUUGCUUUCAGUUUAUUACUGCUAUCACAGAUGAAUGUUAAAAUGAGAAAAUUUGAGUAAAAGCAAUUUAUUGAGAUGAAUUGGCUGAAUUGAAGGGGAUAACUGGUAAUCAGAGAAGGUUGAAUCAGUUCAUCUGGAUACAAUGUUU